AUGAGAAGACCUCGAGUGCUGCAUGCGAUCACGGCUGUCAGUCUGAUAGCGAUAUGUUUUCUCCUUCUUUCUUUCCGCCGCAAUUCUGUUUCCAAUGAAAAGACAUCUAAUUUCCAUCUUCUCAUUGUUGCUACCGGCAGUGAUCUCAACCUCUGCCGGCUCCUCCUCUCAGCAUCGAUACUCCAGUACCCACCACCCACCUUAAUCGACUGGAAGGGGGAGGGGGAAUUCAAUGCCGCGGGAUCACAUCUUGCCAAAAUCCAUGGCACUUUACGAUAUUUGGACGCACUUCCAAAAGACCAAGACAAUGAUAUGGUUCUGAUGCUGGACGGCUACGACAUCGUGUUCCAGCUUGGCCCAGAAGUGCUACUCCAGCGAUACUUUGCCGAAAUCGAUACUUCCAACGCGCGACUUGCUUCCAAGUUCAAGAAGCGGUUGGGAUACAACAGCAUACUGUUCGGGCCAGACAAAACCUGUUUUCCUGUGGAUUUCAGCCGGCCUGCAUGUUGGGCAGUUCCCGAAUCACCCCUUUCGCAAUUUGCUUUUGGGCCGUCGACAGAUAGUGACAUGGAGCGGUCACGGCCCCGGUGGCUCAACUCGGGCACAAUUAUGGGUCCCGCGGCCGACAUGCGAGCACUGUUCCAAGCGACCAAGACGCGAAUCGAGCAGACGUACGACGAGAACAACGAGCUGCGCAACUCGGACCAGAUGUAUUUCUCCGACCUCUGGGCCGAACAAGAAUACGCCCGUCUUCUGCACCGCGACGGGAAGGCGAUUGAUCCCAUGCCCCAGGAACGUCCCGGCGUGGAAAGGCAGCAUCCAGAUCUGAAGGGAGAGCAACCGGAUUACCAUGUGGCGCUCGACUAUGGGUCCAAUCUCUUCCAGACAAGCGCAGGGUACCGGCAGUACCUUUCGUGGAUUACCUUCAAUCAAUCGACGAUCGGACCCGAGUCCAAGGCAACCGAGCCUUGGAAACUGGACCUCCCCAAGGAUAUCGAGCAGUCGCCCAAGCCAUUCGCUGCCAUCGGGGACGAAGACACGACAUGGCGCGACGUGCCGUUGGGAGUCAACACCGUCACAGGCUCCGUGUUCCCCCUGAUCCAUUUCACGGGCGACAAGAGCUUCCGCGAUCUCUGGUGGCCUCGCAUGUGGUUCUUCCCGCAGGCGAAGAAGCUGCUGGUCGGCUCAUCCAUGUUUGCUGACGAAGAGCCUGAGAUUGGGUCGGUGCAUGGGAUUCGCUUUGUCAAGCAUGGGAUUCCGGGCAGCUCAGACCAAGACCAGGAGGCAAGCAGCAGCGGCGGCGCCAGGGGAGACGGAGGCGAACGGCUGUCGUGGGUGGGUCUCUGCAAGAAUCACCAAGAUGGUCUGUUUAGUGGCAAAUCCCCCCCGCGGGGUUAA